CGAUACCUAAUGUCGAUUUCGCUUCGAUAUCUAUACUUUAAAGUCGUCACAAUUGUAUUCAUCAAGUUUUUAGAGUUGGUAGAGAGAAUUUUAUAACCCUUUUCUGCUUAAUGUCAGUUAAGUGAAAUGUCUAUUUUAUGGAUAUUAUUCUUUAUUGUUCCCAUGUCUUAACAAGAUUAACAUGCAGAUAGAAAGAUGUAAAUACAAAUACAGUGAGCUAGGAAGGAGCUAUAUUUAUUUUUUGUUCCACUAAAAAGAAUAGAAGACUGAUAAGAAGAUAUUGAAUGUAUCGGAGAAUCUUUAUACUAAAUCCUUCAAAUUUGGAAAGAAGUAUUUAGCGAUGAUAUUCUAACGAUAAUAUGGAGAAAACAUCCGUAGGAAUGUUAUGGAAAGCUUUUGUAAAAAGUUCAAAUGAGUCCCAUGAAAUAUUACCAGAGAAAAAGAAUUAUGAUCUAAGUUUUCAAGGAGAAGAAGCAAGACUAGCGUAUGAAGAAAUUAUCAAACAAGAAGGUGAAAUAGUUACGACAAAGAAACCUACAUCUAUAAGACUGAAAAAUAGUAAUGCUCAGAGCAUCUUGCAUACGAAAUCACUAUUGGAUACAGUUCAAUCAAAGAAAACUCAUUCGGCCGAAAAUAUAGUUAUAAAGGUUACAAUUAAUGCUAUAUUAAAAGCUGUGGAACAAAAGGAUUUGAAAUUCUUACAGAAACAUAUUACACCAGAGAAUGUUAAUGUAUCGGAUGACUUUGGUUGGACUCCUCUAAUGUCAGCUGCUUAUUGUGGUCAUUUAGAAGUGAUUGAAUUUUUAUUACAACUAGGAGCAAAUAGAAGAAUUAAAGAAAAAUCAGGUCUUACAGCGGCGCAAUUAGCUUUGAAAAGAAAUCAUUUGAAUAUAGUAGCUUUGCUUAGGAAAAAGCAUGAUUUUACAAAUAUUAAAACUCAAACUGAUAAAUUAGAGAUAACAGAAAUAUCAAAGAAUUGUAAGGAAAGUGCAUGUAACGAUGAGGAUAGUGUUAAAGACAAAUUGCAAGAAAAUACAAAUUUUUAUUGUGACAUCUGUAAAAGAAAUUUUCAAGAAACAACAGUGAAAAAGCAUGAAGCUUCUACUUUACAUAUUUUUAAUACGAAACCAAAACUGCCAAAUGCAAUAUACGGUAUAUCGAAACAAAAUAAAGGUUAUCAAAUGCUUUUAAAUACAGGUUGGGAUGAGGAAGGGGGUCUUGGGCCAUCUGGGAAAGGAAUUAAAUAUCCAAUCAAAACAAUGCUUAAAAUGGAUCGUAAAGGUUUAGGACAACCUGGAGAAGUAGAAUCUAGAAUAACACAUUUCAUGCCUGGAGAUACAAAUGCAAUUAAAGUUAGAAUAUAUAAGCAAAAACCAUUGAAAAAGAGAGAUAGAGAAAAGUUACUUAACAGAGAAGCUAGAAAAGAAAGAGCGCUUCGUAUUGCAUUGUCUUAAUGUAAAAUUGCUUUUUACAAUUUCACGAAAUUCUGUGUGAAACCUAAGACUGAAUAGAAAAUAUGUAUAAACUGUCGUAAAUACUGCAAGUUCAUACUAUUUCUUUGUGCUUACAUGUGAUAUAAUACCAACAAAAAAAAAGCUACGAUGUUUGAAAUAGUAUUGAAAAAAGCAAACAAAGAAAUAAUUGUUAGUUCAUCAAGAAUAAGUGUCCAGCUGUAAGAUAACAUUUUGAUUAUGUAAAAGAUCAAAUUACAAAAGGAAGAACAUGAAAAAUGAAAAAAAUUCUAAAACUGUUUUUACUUGAUAUUUUGAAGCUUCAAUUGCAUUAAAAAGAUGUAAUAUUCGAAUUAACAUAUAAUAAAAUGGAGCAAAAAUAGAUCAAAUUAAAAUGUAAAAAAAAAAAAAAAAAUAGAAUUUCAUGUGUUAGUAGAUAAAGUAUUAAACUGUAUGUAAAACUUAUGAUUCUUUAUCUAAAUUAUCAUUAUUAAAAUAAGGGUUUUGUUUAUA